AUGUCUCAGGAUUCUAAAACCUUCCUUGCGGCCAGUGUAUUGAAUGAUGGGAAAAUAGUAUCCUACCGAUCUCUGGGCCGAGAAUUAAAAGUGCAUAGCAAUGUUGCGAAGAAAAUGCUCUACGAAUUCUAUUCUACCCAGACGACUAAGAAGCCAGCGUCGAUCAAGGCAACCUACCUCCUGGACGGCGUUCCCAAAGGUCCGAAGGAAUUCGGCGUCAAUGGGCAUCAGCAAGAUGGAAAAGACAUUCACCUGCAGAGUAGUCCGUACAUGAGCAGCUCAAUGCCACAUCAAGAGGAACAAGAGGAGGCAGUUCCAUCGAGGAGCAUAAUUCUGGCAAAGGAAGAAGAUCUUGGAGCGGCCAAAGCAAAAUACAGCCAAAUACACUCCAUACAUAUUUACAGCUUAGGGCCAAGCAGGGUACAGAAUCUCCAAAUUCUGUCAGACUGCAACAGAGCGAUAUCCGUGGAAUAUGCGAAUGAGGAUCCAUUAGUAUUUGGAGAGAAAUAUGGAGUCAUUCAUAAUACAGGUGUGAAGCGGAGGACGGGGAGACGACCACCUAUUGGAGCCCAGCCAGUCCCUACAGAGACGGUCAACGAGAAAGCCAGUAGCAAAAGCCAAGGCCUCAAUAGAGAGCAAAAGAACGCUGUCAAGUCGUCCGAUCGACCUCCGCCAAGUGACAAGUCGACUAAAUCGACAUCUCAAGCUGCAUUCGCCCCAGAUAUCAGGGCCGAGCGACCUAGAGAUGUCGAGAAGAAGCCAGUCAGCAAGCCAGCCGCGGCGAAGAGGGAGCAGUCUGACAUAUUCAAAUCCUUUUCCAAGCCCAAGGCAAAAUUAAAGCACGAGGAUGCUGGUAGCUCGACUGGUGCAUUCCCUGUUCCUAGCACAGCACACUCGCAGGAAUUUAAGAGCGUGCAAGAAGAUGAACCAAUGAAAGAUACUUCUGAGGAUGAACACGAGGAGGACUUCGUGGUCUCCAACAGUGCAAAUCGAAGAACAUCAAAAUCACAAUCUGAGCGGGCGGAACAGCUUCGGAAGAUGAUGGAAGAUGAAGACGAAGAGAUGGAAGUCACGGGGGAGGAUGCUCCACAAACCUCUCAGGAAUCAGAACCUGUAGACGGUCCCACCUCACAAAAAGAUGUUUCUCGUGAACCUCCUAUUGUCGUGACUGGAGGGCGCAGGCGAGGUAGACGGAAGGUCAUGAAAAAGAAGACAAUCAAAGACGAUGAGGGUUAUUUGGUGACAAAAGAGGAGCCAGCCUGGGAAUCCUUUUCCGAGGACGAACUUCCUCCGCACAAACAAAAGACUCCUGCAUCCACUGCAACAUCGUCAAUGGGGAAGAGCAAGAUGUCCGGUGGAAAACCCGGGCAGGGCAAUAUCAUGAGCUUCUUCGGGAAGAAAUAA